UCAGACCUUUAUUUUGAAAGCCAUUCAUCUCGUCUGAACCGGUCUGAACACAUGAGCUGCUGCUGAUGGUUUUCUUCACACACCACUGUUCUAAAGAGAUUCAGAGCAGGUCAAUUUUACUAAACUUCAAGACGUUAAACGGUUUUUGCUCAGUCAGUUCUUCUGUCACUGAGUGAUUGGAUCACUGUGCAGCAAUGUCUUACCUUCCAACUCUCUUCAAAUACGUCGACGAGCACCAGGACGAUUAUGUUGAGCGCCUGGCGCAAUGGGUGGCUGUACAGAGUGUGUCUGCCUGGCCAGAGAAACGAGGAGAAAUCAAGAAGAUGAUGGAGAUGGCAGCCAAAGACAUUGAGAGACUGGGGGGAUCCGUGGAGAUGGUUGACAUUGGCAUGCAGAAGUUGCCAGGUGGUGAAGAGAUCCCUCUUCCUCCAAUAAUUCUGGGUAGACUUGGCUCAGACCCAGGCAAAAAGACUGUGUGCAUUUACGGGCACUUGGAUGUGCAGCCAGCCAACAUUGAGGAUGGCUGGGACUCACCGCCCUUCGCUCUGGUGGAAAAAGAUGGUAAAAUGUACGGACGUGGAUCUACGGAUGAUAAAGGCCCUGUGUUAGCCUGGUUCAACAUCAUUGAGGCCUAUCAGAAGAUUGGACAGGAACUGCCCAUCAAUAUAAAGUUCUGCUUUGAGGGAAUGGAGGAGUCUGGAUCAGAAGGACUGGACGAGCUGGUUUUCUCUCGCAAAGACACUUUCUUUAAGGAUGUGGACUACGUCUGCAUUUCUGACAACUACUGGCUGGGGAAGACCAAGCCCUGCAUUACCUACGGCCUGAGAGGAAUCUGCUACUUCUUUAUUGAGGUGGAAUGCUGUGAUAAAGAUCUUCACUCUGGAGUGUUUGGAGGAUCUGUUCAUGAGGCCAUGACUGACCUCAUAGCUCUGAUGGGCUCUUUGGUGGAUAACAAGGGAAAAAUUGUAGUGCCAGGGAUGUACGACCAUGUGGCUGAACUGACUGAUGAAGAGAAGAAGCUCUACGAAAAGAUUGAGUUUGACAUGGAAGAAUACGCCAAAGAUGUUGGAGCAGGCAAACUGCUUCAUGACACAAAGGAGCAAAUUCUGAUGCAUCGUUGGAGAUUCCCAUCCCUUUCAUUGCAUGGCAUAGAGGGAGCUUUCUCUGAGGGAGGAGCCAAAACUGUCAUUCCCCGCAAGGUCAUUGGCAAGUUCUCUAUCCGCCUGGUCCCUGAUAUGGAUCCCAAAGUGGUGGAGAAACAGGUAAUUACCCAUGUGGAGAAGAAGUUUGAAGAAAUGCAAACUCCCAACAAACUGAAAGUGUACAUGGGACAUGGAGCCAAGGCCUGGGUGUCUGACUUUAACCAUCCUCACUACAUGGCUGGCAGAAAGGCCAUGAAGACUGUAUUUGGCGUGGAGCCUGAUCUGACCCGUGAGGGAGGAAGUAUCCCGGUUACUCUAACCUUCCAAGAAGCAACCGGCCAGAAUGUCAUGCUGCUGCCUGUCGGUUCUUCUGACGAUGGGGCUCACUCACAAAAUGAGAAACUCAACAGAUCCAACUAUAUUCAGGGCACCAAGAUGUUGGGAGCUUACUUCUAUGAAGUAUCUCAGCUCAGCUAACCGGAAUGUCUGAUUCAACGUGACGAGAGCUGGUGUAUUUUUAAUUGUCUGAAGAUGUGAAUGAAAUGUUUGGAUAAGGGUACGGCCUCCGAAAUGAAGUUUUUUUUUUUUUUUUUUUUUUUUUUUUUUUUUUUUUUUUUUUUUUUUUUUUUUUUUUGCCAAGGAUAGCAUACAUUGAGGAAAUGGUGAUAGUAUGGAUGACAGUCUGACUGUUUCAUGCAGUAUUACAUGUGACAUAUAAAAACAACAGUCGCUCUUUGCUGCUAGAUUUCUCAGUAUAUAGUCAUUUUCAGGGCACGAUAUGUAUUUCCACCCAACUCCUUUUUUUUUAGUCCAGUUCUCUCUAUAAUGAUCCAUCAAGAAAGUGUUUUGAGCUGAAUACAGUUUAGAUCAAAUAAGCAUACAUUGUCGUUUCAGUCUCAUAUAUACCUUGUCGCUGUAGCACUAGUCUGUCUCCCAGUGUCUUAAUAUCCAAUUUCAGAUAGUUAUAUCAGGGGAAUUAUUUUUGAGUGAACGGUCCCUUUAGUAUGGAAUAUAACAUAAUCUGUUAUCUGGUGUAAUCUGUUUACAUAUGACAAAUACACUCCUAUAAUAAAAAUGCAAAUGAUAUCCUUAAAAUUCAA